UUGAAAACACUGAUGUUGCAUUUCUGCCCGGAGAGCACUAACAUUGUUAUACAUCACCCACCGUUCAUCUUUUAUUUGCUUACUUUCGGUUGUAGAUAUGCAAGCCUGUAUUUCUGCUGUGCUGUGGAGGAUCAGGACAAUGAGCUGAUCACCCUGGAGAUCAUCCAUCGAUACGUGGAGCUGCUGGACAAAUAUUUUGGCAGUGUUUGUGAGCUGGAUAUUAUCUUCAACUUUGAGAAGGCCUACUUCAUCCUGGAUGAGUUCCUGCUGGGGGGAGAGGCUCAGGAGACGUCGAAGAAGAACGUGCUGAAGGCCAUCGAGCAGGCUGACCUGCUGCAAGAGGAGGCCGAGGCACCACGGAGCGUUUUGGAAGAAAUUGGGCUGACAUAAAUCAUCAUGCUGCAGUUCCUUCCUCCAGAUGCAGAUCUGGCAACCUCUGUCUCUCUCCUGUUGACUGUGUCAGUGUUGUAUGUAUAUAAUCACCAUCUAUGUAUUCUGUCAUGUACUAUCCAGUAGUGUCCUUUAAAUGUGGUGCCAACUGCGGUGUUGAUGUAUCUCCUCUGAACAAUCUCCCUCACUGUAUUCUGCAGUAGUAUUAACAUCCUUCACAGAACUAACUUCUUAAAACUCAACUGAGUACAAUGUAGCGACGACAUGAAACUCCAGCACCAUAUUAAUCAUCACUGAUUGCAGAGUUGUGUGUGCUGUUUGGCUUCAAGUAUUUUUAAAGGUGCUGUUGUAGACUCAGUCGGCAAUUCUCAUGAUUUACCUUCACAUUCAGGCCACAGAGCUCAGCAUCCAAAUACAAAAUAAAUAAAUAUUCUGACAUCUGUGAGGUUCAUUUGAUAAAACUGUUUUUGAUAACAAACUAAAUGCAUGAUUAAAAAGGUUUUUCAUCUUGUUUCUCAAAAGCAAAUGGGCAUUAUGUUGCUUCACAUUAAAUAUUGCAAAAACAAUAUAACAAUGUACAAAAGAGGCUCAUCUCUGGAAAUAUAAAUUAAAUCAAUCGAGAUGGUUAGAUGGGUCUUUGAGGACUCAAGAAAUACCUUAAGAACAGCGGUAAGUAAUGACCUGGGUUUUAUUAAAGGAAAAUGUUUUGAUCUGAUACUUAGCUCUGUGACUCUGAUAAGGAUAACACAUGAGAAUUACCAACGGGGGCUAGUGCUGUUGUGGGAAUCGCUGACAGUUACAAUCACACGGGUCAUUCAACCCAACAAUUAAGUGAAAUUAAAAGACAUAUCAACAUCAGUGUUUGUUAUGUAGGUUUGAAUAUGUUUGUGUUUAGUGAGUUGUUCUUAGAAAUGAACCAUGUAUAUUAUUUUCAAGACGUUACCUUUUGUUAACCUCAGCAGUUUGUAAUGAGUCUUGUUUCCACAAAAAAAGACUUUUCCUGACCAAAGCAUUUGUUUCAUAAUGGCCUCUGGAGUCAAAUCUGGGACAGGAAAGCAUAGCGACUCAAAAGAAAAAUAUUUUAUGUAUAGUUUAGUUUGGCUUAAAGACUAACAUGACCAAAGAACACUGUGUUUUAUCUUCUCGAUGUAGUCUACAGAAAGUUAACAUGGCAGAAAAGGGAUUUAGAGCGGCAGGAUGUUUGACAGAACAUGUAUGUGGGGAUUAUUUGGCCACAAUAUAGCAGUAUUAUUAUCCCAAACAGUUUAAGGGCAGGUCUAGCAUGAGUUUCUUUAUGGGGUAGAAGCGACAGAAGAUGAACUGCACAUAUCAGGGGACAUCAUGAAUAUUCAUCAGCGUCAGCUUGUUCACUUGUCAGCAGGAAAACAGGCCAACAAGUAAUGAAUACAUGCUCAUCCAAGAAUUGUAUCUGCAUUCUUAAAA